AUGCAAAAGCGAGUCAUUGCCGCUACCCAUCAUCAUUAUAACAUGGUUCAAGGUUUGUCCAACCAGAGAGGUGAGUUGGGUCAUAAUACAUCUUUGAUGAUUUUGUGUGUUACCACCUUGCUUAUCUUUGUGGGAGCUAUUCUUCGGUCGGUUUCCGUCUUCCAAGCCAAGAUUAGUGCUGAGGCAACAAUCGUUUGUGAGCCAGUAGCCAUCUAUAUUGUUUGGGGAGUCUUUGAAGUCAUUGUUAAUUUGUUGUAUAUCGUUGGCAGAGUCGACUUGCGUUUCUACAGACCAGAUAUACUACCAGCCAAGGUGCGGGCCAUCAUUACGGCUGAACAAAGUUACUACCCAUCCGACAAUGAGGAUGAUAUGGAGAGCACGACUUCGUUCUCGGAUCCUAAUGAGUACACCCACCCACAAUCAGCUCCUCAAUACCACAACGAUGAGAAGCUUGAAAAAUACGAACUGUUCAAUGACAGAGAGUCAGAAUUUAAUUUUUAG